GGAGAGACCGAAUACAACGCUGCACUGUACGGCAACGGGGGAAGAGGUUUUCCUUGCUCUCGGUCCAUGAAACAAGGCAACGAUGUUGCCUUCCCUCCAGCUGUCUGUCGACGGAGACGAGAGGGAACUGGAGAGCAGCGAGGAGGGGGGCGGCUUGCCGGAGGAACGGAAACCGGAGCGCAGCAGCAACAGCUACUACUGUUUGUACGGCUAUCAAGGCUGCCGUUUGUCUCAGGGAGGAGAAAAUGAUGAUGGGAGUCCAAGCAGUACUUCAGCUGAAUCUCCAUCUUCUGAUGACUUCAGCCUGUCUUUGGUGGACACCAACUUACCCCCUGAAGAAGAGAUGGAGUUGCGCAGUUAUAUUGCCAAACAGUUUGCAAAGGGGUCCUUUUUUGAAGGAAUGGGCAACGUUACAUCAGUGGAGUUGAGUAUACCAGAAAGUCGAGUUGGUUGUUAUUACUGUCUGCUCCAACCAGAAAAAUCUACAGAAGCAGAAAGCCUGGAAUCAAGUGACAGCGCCUUGGACUACGUGGUCUGUUUUUUGGGAGGCUCAGAGAAGGGGCUUGAGUUGUUCAGACUUGAGCUUGACAGAUAUGUUCAAGACCUGAAGAUUAACCUAGAUUCAGAGGAAAAUAACUUGGAAACCUACAUUAAACCUUUCCUCAGAACGUGGUUUGAGGAUUCAGUCUGCCCAAUUCAGAGAGUGGUACAGCUCUUCCAGGAGAAACUUGCACUUCUCUUACAUGCUGCUCUGAGUUGCACCCCAGUUGAAGUCAAAGACUCUGAUGGAAGGACAAAAAAGGAUAUUCACAAGUUUCUUAGAGCAGCAAGCCUUCAGGAUCUUGUCCGGGAAACCACAGUGACUUCAUUAUGCACAGCAAUGACCGAGGGACACAAACCAGUGGAGAUAGAUUGCAGUGGACCACAGCUGCAGUUCCAUAAUGCAGGUAGGAACAAGUUCUGUGAAGACUGGAUGCAGGCAUUUCUGAAUGGUCCUGAGGGGGGAAACCCAUUUCUUUUCCAGCAGAUACUGGAGAACUUUAAACUGAAGGCCAUACAAGACAUCAACAACCUGAAGCGGUUCAUCAGACAGGCAGAAAUGAGCCAUUAUGCUUUAUUCAAGUGUUACUUGUUUCUGAAGAAUUGUGGCAGUGGAGAUGUCCUCUUGAAGAUCGUGAAAGUGGAACACGCAGAAAUGCCAGAAGCCAAAAACGUCAUCAGUGUCCUUGAGGAAUUCAUGAGAGAACCAGCUUGUAGGUUAAAUUCCUCUCCCGAACAUCGGACUACUUACACAUUGCAGAAUUAAUGUAUAUCCAUAUGCAAUCUUAAUAUGUGCAAACAGAUGUGCAUUAAAAAAAACCUUAAAGUGCACAAUGUGGAGAAAUGCAGCUGAUCCCCUCACAGUAUUUAAAUGUAGUCAAGAAAAAACCACUCUUGUUUUGCAUAUUGCAGUUUAUGCACGGAGUACAUUGUUUUGGUGGCCCAGGAAUAAAUGGCUGGCUUUGGUAUCCAUUCCCUUUUAUUCCUUUUCUUGCAUGCCUGGUUUGAAAGGCAACUUCUUGGCUUCAUUAAACACAAUGUCCCCAUGAUGUUUAAUCUGUAAAAAUGUGGGCAUUGAGCAUCCCUUAAAAAACUUCUUAGGAAACCAGAAAAUAAAACUUUGGUUUGUCAUCCUGGUUUGAAGGUUUAAAUUUGUGUACCACAGUAAAACUGACUUAACAAAACAUUUGCAGGUAGAAAUGCAAGAGGAGGUGAAAACAUUUGAAUUUGCUGAUUGUUUCUGCGUAUCCUAAGCAAUUUUUCGGAUUGGGACAUUAUGCUUUUAUCCAGCCAUGCUGUUAUUAUUGUGUGCCUUCAAGCCAUUUCUGUCCUAUGGUGACUGUAAGGUUUUCUUGGCAGAGUUUGUUCAGAGGGGGUUGUCCUUACCUUCUUCUGAACUUGAGAGAGUGUAACUCACUCCCAGUCAACCAGUGAAUUAGAAUGGCAAAUCGGGGAUCUCCAGUGUCAUGGUCCAAUGCUCAGACUACUACAUCUAGAUUUUCUUUGUACUGUACAAGAGAACUUAUCUUUGGCUGGAUCUGACGUUAGACAGAUAUAUCUAGAAAAUGCUACUACUCAAGCUUUCUGUAUUCUGUCUAAUGAAAAAAUGAUGUUUGGGUACUUAAAUCUGCUUUUGCAUUAUGCAGUGUGUUUUUAAGUCGCUUCUGACACGAUAAAAAAACACCCUUUUGAAUUUCUACAUUCCUCUUUAUGUUUGUGUAGGAACUGCCUCUACUAGAUCAUGGCAUCAAAUUAAAUUGAAGCAGUGGGUAAAUCCAGUACUGAAAUGACAUUUCCUUAAGAUUAGCUGUUAAUUAUUUAAUUAUAGUUCUCGCUGUAAAACAUUAUUCUGCUUUGCAAGGUUUUUUUUUGGCAUAUUUCUACUGACCACCUCAUUUUAAAAGCAGAGAAGAGUGGGAGAAGAUCUGUGCACAAGUGUUAAGAAGAAAACAUACACAAUAGAAAAAUAUUUUGACAUUUUUACAGCAUUCUGCUUUGCAAGUACUGUGUUUGCUCCUAGAGCCCUUCAGGGGAAACCAUAGUCUCUUCAACAUUAUCUUUAAGACAAGAUUACUUCAUUUGGUGGUUUAAUGGUUAGCCAAAGGGGGUGUGUGUCACCUGUACUAAAGAAAAGCGAAAUCUACCUUUCUUUGUAAACUUGACAGAUACUUGGGGGGGGGGGGUACACUGUGACUAAUAUAUCUAGUAAACAUGAUUAACAUUAAUGUAUUUUUCUUGCACACAUUCAGCCUGUGGACUUCAGAGUAUCGUAUAAAUUGUUGUUACUAAUUUGUAUUCUAUUUGAGGUUCUUGAGGAACCUCAUGAACGAGUUUUCUUUAAUUAGAAAUCAGUGCUUAAUUAUGAUAUUAAAAUGUAUUUACCAUCAACGAA